AUGGUCUGUAUCCCUCGGACUUUGUCCAUUCGGCACCCAUGGCCCGCUUAUUUUCAUAAAUAUGCCCUCAAAAUUGAACAAGAUACCCAUGUUGUUGACUUGUACUUGAUCCAGUUGUUCCUGGUGGCCGGUUCCACGGAUCCUGGUGGGUUGACCGUGUCGAAAGACCAUGGAAGCAUGCCGCCUGUCAAUCAGUGGACCAGAAAUGCAUUUAUUUCUUUUCCACAGCUUGCUUCGAAAUUUCUAUGCAAGUGUCUAGCCAUGUGUAACUCGGACUUGCAAGACCCUUUCGGACUUCGGCAAUGA